UGAAAAACAAAAUAAAUAAUAGUUUACUUUGUUUGAAUUAUUUGUAAUAGAGAGGACACAUAAGUGAAAUCACCACUAUUAUUUUUUAUCAUUAUGAUAUUACAAUAUAUUAAUGUAUUUUCUCAUUCUCAAAGUUUUUUAACCAGAAAAAAGAGAAUUUUGAUUAGUUUAUUAUAAGUAUUUUUCAUUUCCCUCCGCAACAGUUGCUCCGACCGUGGAACUAAUACACACGCACUCUAUCACGCUGAACUGAUAGCAUAUGAUGGCUAAAUGCUCGGCUUUCUCAGCAACUUCGCCAUCAAUGGCUGAACCGUUGAAGCCCUUCAAAAGCCUUACUGGGAUUCAACAGCUAGCUGAAUCUCGUCAAUUUAAGGGUUGGUUUCUGGACCAGUUUGGAGUUCUCCACGAUGGGAAGAAGCCUUACCCUGGGGCAAUUUCGACAUGUAUGUUUCCAUGUUCUUGUAGCUUUUGGAUUCUGGUGAAUGGGUUCUGGUUAUGUGGCCCGAUAUGUUUGCAAUAGCGCGAAUCAUCACUAAUUCUGUCGUUUACCGACUGCUUGGUUCAUAUAGUGGAAAAUUUGGCAAAAUGUGGUGCUAAGAUGAUAAUUAUUAGUAAUUCAUCAAGACGUGCAUCUACAACUGUGGAGAAACUUAAGGGCCUUGGAUUCGACCCCUCGCUUUUUGCUGGGGCCAUUACAAGUGGAGAGUUAACUCAUCAGAAUCUUCAAAGGAGGGACGAUCCAUGGUAUGCUGCUCUGGGGAGACGCUGCAUUCACUUCACCUGGAAGGAUCGGGGUGCUAUAUCGCUUGAGGGCCUGGGAUUACAAGUUGUGGAAAAUGUUGAAGAUGCUGAGUUUAUUCUAGCUCAUGGAACUGAGGCACUGGGGCUAGCUUCGGGAGAUGCUGUCCCCAUGAAACUGGAGGAUCUUGAAAAAGUACUUCAGAAGUGUGCAGCUAAAAGUAUUCCCAUGGUCGUAGCAAAUCCUGAUUUUGUGACUGUUGAGGCCCGGGAUCUACGUGUUAUGCCAGGAACUCUAGCUGCCACAUAUGAGAAACUUGGAGGUGAAGUAAAAUGGAUGGGCAAGCCUGAUAAGAUCAUCUACAAAGCAGCUGCAGAAAUGGCUGGCAUAGACGCUUCUCAAUGUAUUGCAGUAGGUGAUUCUCUGCACCACGAUAUAAAAGGUGCAAGUGCAGCUGGCAUAGCUUCAGCGUUUAUUACUUGUGGGAUCCAUGCAGCAGAACUUGGACUUGAUAACUUUGGAGAAGUGGCAGAAGAUUCUUCUGUGCAUUCUCUAGCCUUGAAGUACGAUGCUUAUCCAUCAUUUGUGCUGCCUUCAUUCAGUUGGUAAACUGUAUAUUGGUAAUACUAUAUGCCCCGCUUGUUUCAUCUACGAUUGACGAUUGAAUCUGAAUUCUCGAAUCUAAUCAAGUUGUCAUGUAAUUGUUUAUCAAGCCCUUUAAGAUUGUCUAUUGUUAGAAACAUGUGAACUUCAGAAGAGGAACAGAUACAAAUAGGCGCUUUUUCUUGUGCUGAGAAUCCAAUCGCCUGUCGGAUUCACUGAUGUAACAUGGUUAGUACGCAACAAGUACUUUCAUGUCAGUCCUUUAUGCAGGAUCUCACACCUUAGCAACUUUUUGUACUGUGUAAUUAGCUUUAAGGAUCAGAAGUUGUUUCUCCUGCUUUUAAGCUCAUUUCGGCUCAUGCAAAGUUCGGUUCGCUACUUUUAUCAGUUCCAACGUAAUGUACACCAUCAGCAGCAAUUAGGCAGUCUAGAUGGGUUUGAUGAAAGAAGCACAAACAUUUUAGACAUCUGGAACCAUUUAUAUUUUCAAAAAGAUACUACAACAAUUUUGAAGAUUGUGCUACCACAAAUUCUGUACAAUUCGUGCUUCCCUCAUUUCAUCUCCUCUCAUUCUUUUCCCUUAACUUAUCUCAAGCAAUACAAUUAUGUUAUUGAGACAGAAAAAAAGUAAUGUGGAUAAAAUAUUCUCUAUUAUUUAGAGACGAG